CACACACACACACACACACUCACUCACUCACUCACUCACUCACUCACUCACUCACUCACACACACACGCAUGCAGACCAGACACGUAUCUGCUUCCACAGAGGAACACCGGCCGAUGUGUGAACACAAGCUUUACAACUUAAUUAAGGAGUAAAUAUCCGAAAAUGGAGUGGGAGUUAUGGAUUUAACGCGAAGGGGACUUGAAAUGGGCGGUCUGAUGCUGCUGCUGUGGAGCUGCCUGCUGUCGGCGGUUGACGGCUCACCUCUCCUCCUGUUUGCCAACCGGCGUGACGUGCGAUUGGUCGAUGCCGAGGGCGUGCGGGGUGAGUCGGCCAUCGUUGUUAGUGACCUCGAGGAUGCAGCAGCGGUGGACUUCCUGUAUUCCGAGGGCCUGAUAUUUUGGACAGAUGUCAGUGAAGAGGCCAUCAAACAGACGCACUGGAAUCAGUCAUCAAACUCCCUCAAAGAGGCUCUGGGAACUGGGCAGACUGUGGUGGUGUCGGGGCUGGACAGUCCUGAUGGGCUGGCCUGUGACUGGUUGGGUAGAAAGCUCUAUUGGACAGACUCGGAGACCAAUCGUAUCGAAGUGGCCAACCUGGACGGCACCUCAAGGAAGGUCCUGUUCUGGAUGGACUUGGACCAGCCCAGGGCAAUCGCUCUGAACCCCGCUCAACGGUAACACCUUUGACAUAAAGAUAAAGACAAAGGACCUGUUAAGCCCGAGAGACCCCGGUACCGGGGCCC